AUGGGUAGGCAAAAUGGUGAUGCCACUGCGGUUAAUUCCUCUAUAGCUCUUCUGCAAGAACGGUUUAGGGAACUACAGAGAAUAAGGGAGAAGAGACAGGAGAAAGAAAUUCUCAAGCUGUUCUCAUCACCAGAGUCUGAUCAAAGGGUUGCUCCAACCAUGCAUUUUGAUCAGCCUGCUUGCAAGUUGACCUUCCAGCCUGAUCAGAUGAAUAGACCAUCAACUUCUCAAGAUUCACUACUCUCCCUUGGACUUAACUCUCAAAGCAAUAAUAUGCAUCCAGAUUUUCGAGCUAUGAAGACUACUCCAUCAAGCUUAUGGCCCAACAGUACUGGAAACUCAGCAUCAUCAUCAAGGAAUUUUGAAAAUUCUGAUGUUGAUACCUCUCUUCAUCUCUAG